AUGGUGGACCCGUACGUUGCAGUAGUACCAAAUGCCGUGACCACCAAGAGGAAAAAGAUCAAUCAUGGCAUUUGCAUGGCCUCGGGCCAGGUGGAUUGUGGAUGGGGAUGGGGAUGGCGGCGUUUUGAAGUUGGCGAGGAUAAACCGGGCCGCGGAGGCCUUGCCGGCCUUGUCCAUGCUGGAAAACACGAGGCGAGCAUGUCAGGCGCCAGCACAGGCGUCAAGCGUCAGGCGUCAGGCGUCAGGCGUGAAGCCGUUGUCAAGGUUAAUGUUAUCCCAGAACCGCAUCUUUAA